AUGCGGCUGUCGAGGCGUGGCAGCCGCGCGUCGAGCACGGGCACCCGCGGGCUGGCCAUCGGGGCCGGCGCCGCCAAGCACGAAAACAGGUCCGCAAUGUCGUCGACGUGGAACGCGUCGGCUUCGUCUUGCACGUUGGCCGUCGCUGCAUCCGCUUCGAGCACAUCAAACAUGCUCGAAAUCUCGUCGACGACCGCUGCGUCUUCGGCUGCAGCGACGUCUUCGAGGUCGUCAAAGAUCCCGGCAAUCUCAUCGACGACCGCCGCGUCAUUCGAGUCGGCGUCGAGGCUGGCCAUGAGCGCCGACAUGUCGUCGUCGGCGAGCGCACCAAAGAGGUCGGCGACAUCGUUGACGGCGCCGGCAUCCAAGGCGUCGGCCUCAAUGACCGAGAACAAGUCGCUGAGCAUGUCGACGUUGGCGGCGUCGUCCGAGACACGGCUACAGAGCUCGAGGUCUUGGUCAUCUUGA